GUUCAGGUGCGAGUCAGUGGAGUAGUGGCGACGAGAAGCAAGACGCUCGAUGGCGUCUUCCACGUUGAGGGUCACGCGGUGCUUUCUCAGCAGACAACUCAACGGACGAAGAGGGCUGUCCACGGCAAUAGCAGCAAAUGCCUCAAUUCUCAGCGGUUGUGGCGGCGCCGCCGGCGCCUCCGCUGCGCUCCAAGGGUUUCCACCCGGCGCUAGGCAAGCCUUGUCGUCGUCCGCAAGGCCCGUCACCAACACUGCGGAUGGUUCCUCGGACCCUCCGUCCGAUUCCGACUGGGAUGAAGGCGGCGGGGGCAGGGGGGCAGGGGAAGUUUUUGGAGGAGUAGGUGGUCCGCACAGUCUGGAGGCUCGGGAGUGGAACCCGUCGGUGCGGAGGAGCGGGGCGUUAGCGAUGAAGGUUGGUUCGAUGGCAAUCUUCGAUUCUUGGGGGGUGCGCCACCCAGUGACAGUCCUGCAGUUGGACGAGUGCGAGGUUGUGCAGGUGAAGACCACGGAGACCGACGGAUACACGUCCUUGCAGCUGGGCGUCGGCGAGCGCAAGGCGAAGAACGUGAACAAGCCAGACGCGGAAAGAUUCCGCCGGGCUGGGGUCAACCCCAAGCGGAAGUUGAUGGAGUUCCGCGUGAGCGUCGAGGCGUUGCUGCCGGUGGGCUUUCAGCUCCGAGCGCAGCACUUCGUGGCGGGGCAGAAGGUUGAUGUGUGCGGCACCUCCAAGGGGAAGGGCUUCCAGGGAGGCAUGAGGCGGUGGGGCUUCAAGGGGCAGCGGGCCUCGCACGGUGUGUCGAAGACUCACAGGCACAUCGGAUCAACCGGUCAGUGCCAGGACCCUGGACGAGUGUUCAAGGGCAAGAAGAUGCCCGGGCGGAUGGGGACGGACAGGGUCACGGUUCAAAACCUCAAGAUCCUUAAGAUCGAUCCGGCGCGAGAGCUCCUGUUCGUCAGGGGCCACGUGCCGGGUCAAAACGGUGGCUUCGUCCGCGUCACCGACGCUAUCAAGGGCGCUGCGUUCCCGUCGGACCCUCCUUUCCCCUCCUUCGUGGCGGCGGCGGAAGGAGACGGGGACGACUCGUCCCUGCAGGAGAUUUGGUGCCCGCAGGGGGAAGAGGACCCACUGGAAAUUAUUGACGAAGACUGAGUUUGGUCUUGUCUCUCUUGUGUAUGUGUGUGUAUUUUUUGUGGGCACCGAUUUUUUUUUUGAGUGAGAGAAAAGGAGUGGAAACACGAAGACAGACCCGUUCUGAUUAGGAGAUGUGAGAGGAGAGAAGGCAAUUGGAAGUUGUUACUGCAGGGUUGAUUGCGGGACAAGGGGACGGGUCCGGUGAAAGGUCGAGUUCUACCUUGACCAGCAGUGACGGUGUUUCUGUAGUCGAUUCCCACGGCGGUUGCACAGUAGUCGAAAGCAUGUAGUCUUGUGUAGGCGACACGGUAGCACCCCUUUCCACGAAGGUUUAGGAUUGCUUGUCUGCACUCUGCAGGGCCUCCCGUACGACAGGGGGGGCCGCCACAAUCUGACUCCGAGAUAAUUCCCUUCGAGCACCAAUGUCAAGGUUUGCUAGAGAGAUCAAUCCACUGCAUGUUUCACCGCAGCACUUGAAGCUUACGGAGGGCAGACGCGGUGCAAAUAAUAUUCGCAUAGCUUUUGUGCAUGGUCGUUGAACGUCUCGAAUCUUCCUUCUCGGGGCGGUUGCGGGGUUUGGGGGGAAGGGUGCCAAUCAACUGUAUGGCAAUCCUGUGUUUCAAGAACUUGGAGGACGGGUGGGUCAAACCACACGUGUCCAUCAUCUACCUUGGUAGACACAACCGGCGGGUUCCGCGGUAAAGCCGAAUCGCUCAGUGUUCGGCGGAAAAAAACGUGCAAAAAAAACAUU